AUGUCUACUCCAGCUAUUCAAGGGAGAAGAAUCGCAAUAAUCGGCGCCAGCGGCCAACUGGGGAAGCCGACCGUCCAAGCACUUCUAGGACUGGGAGCCCAUACCGUCACCGCCAUCCAGCGCCUGGACGCCACAAGUACCUUUCCUGCAGCGGUUGAAGUCAAGAAGGGGAAUCUGGACGACGAAAAUUUCCUCGCUGCUGCACUACAAGGCCAGGAUGCGGUUGUUUUGAUGCCGCCCUUACCACAGCUGAUCCAGAUCCAAGAGCCAGCCAUCCGAGCGGCUGCGAAGGCCAGAGUGCCUUAUAUCUUCCCUUCCGAGUUCGGUCCGGACCCGUUUGCCGGACAGCUUCUGGAAGAAAACGAACUCCUUGUCACGAAGAAGAGAGUUCGUGACCUGGUCGAAGAACUCGGGGUGAGCAACUGGGUUUCUGUCGUGGUAGGCCCCUGGUUGGAGUUCGGUCUUUCGACGGGCCUGUGGGGGGUCGACGCAAAGGCUCGCAAGGCAACGCUCUGGAAAGGCGCCGAGGGCAAAGCCAGCGUCGCGACUGUCGCACACACUGCCGAAGCCCUUGCUGCGACUCUGAGCCUGCCAGAGGCGGAUUUGGCAAAAUACAAAAACAACGCUGUGUACGCCGCGUCAUUCAGCCUGACGCAGCGGGAGAUACUCGACGCCGUCCAGCGCGCAGAUGGCACGACAGAUGCAGAUUGGGACAUCCAGAUUCGAGAUCUGAACGACGUUGCCAGGGACUACGAAGAGAAAAUCAAGGCAGGUGACAGUGUGGCUCCGUAUGAGAAGUUCUAUGUCACACACUUCAUCGAGGGGCACGGUGGGGACUUCAGUGACAAGAUCGAUGCCACAGAGCUGGAGAAACUGGGACGGCUAGGACUCCAUACCGAGGAUCUCCAAGAGGUAGUAAAGGCUUUCAUCUAG